CUGUCAGCGUUCAAAUCUGGUCGCGUCGCGUUUAGAGCAGACGGGCUGUAAGAAGAGAGGAAUAUUUUGCCUUUUUCUGCCCUAUGGAGAGACCAGUGACGUAGAGAAUCUAAAAAAUUGCGGAAAGUGUGGAGAAAAACAGGCUGCAGUGUAUGCGGCGCGCUCAACUCCGGUGGAAAUGCAAGGAUACACUCAAACUCCUCGUAUUCGCUUCCAUGAAGCGCUUUAUGUCCUUUAUAUGCUGCUUUAUGUCAAUAUUUUCGCUUGUGCUGCUGCGGAAGCCUCGGACAAAUCUGAAGUUUGGAACAAAACUCAACUUCUCGAGCUGUACAGUAAAGGUGUUUUCCGGUUGGAAAGUGUAUCGCAGGAGCGUUGCCUCUCAGCAGACUCAUCCGGUCUAUCUCUGACCAGCUGUGACCCCCCAUCUGCCGGCCUGCUUUGGAAAUGGGUGUCCAGGCACCGUCUCUACAAUCUGGGCACCAAUCAAUGUCUAGGGAUCAACACGACCAAGAUGCAGCCUGAGGUGGGCGUCUUUGAGUGUGAUGUUUCCCUCCCAACCAUGUGGUGGCGCUGUGGGGGAAGCAUGUUGUACGGAGCGAUGAAUAACAAGCUAGCGGUGGUGGACUCAAAAGUGGUGGUAAAGAAGGCCGUUCUGCAACAGUGGAGGAUUUAUGGGGCAGCUGGUGAAGGGCCAUGCGCUUACCCGUACGAAGACAUCCACACUCUACAGGGAAACUCCCAUGGCAUGACCUGCUCCAUACCCUUCAAAUACAACAAUAAAUGGUUCUGGGAUUGUACGUCUGAGGGCAGAGAGGACCGUCACCUCUGGUGUGCCACCACAAACCGCUAUGAUCAAGAUGAGAAAUGGGGCUUUUGCCCCAAUUCAGUGUCAGGCUGCAAUGAAUUCUGGGAGAGCCAUCCGGAGCUGAACGCCUGUUACCAGUUUAACCUGUACUCCAUCCUCACCUGGAGUCAAGCUCUAACUUCCUGUCAAGCACAGGGUGGGAGUCUUCUGUCCAUCACACAGUCCAGUGAACAGAGCUAUAUCAGAGAAAGACUCUUAGAUAUGGGUGUGAUGGUCUGGAUUGGAUUAAACCAUCUCAGUCAGCACGGGGGAUGGCAGUGGUCUGAUGGAUCUCCAUUAACUCUUGUCAGUCAUACCGCAGAUCUGACCUCCACGCCAGUGCAGCAGAACCAGCAGUGUGGGGUGUUUAACUCCACACAGGGUUCCUGGCAGAGUCUGUCCUGUGAGUCAGCCUUGCCCUACAUCUGCAAAAAAACCACUAACUACAGCCGGAAUGCCGAGCCGCUUGAUAACUGGCAAUAUAAGCAGACGAUUUGUCCUGACGGUUGGUUGGACCACAAUGGGUUUUGUUACCAUUACCUGGAGGAGAAGUCGAGCUGGGACAGCUCUUCUAGCGCAUGCAAGGCUCUUGAGGCAGAGCUGGUCAGCGUCCACUCCCUCUCCCAACAGGAACUGCUGCUGAAACGGCUCUUGAUUGGACCCGACUCUAAGGUAUGGAUCGGCUUGCACAAGGAGGCCAAACUUCCAGCAGUCCAAUGGUCAGACAACUCUCCAGUGACAUUCACAUCCUGGUACUCUCAGGAGCCUUCCCAUCGUCAUGGCGACAAGCGCAUCUGUGUUACAGCAGACCAGAAGGAAGGCAGAUGGCAGUUUGCGGAGUGUGAAGAGCAGCAUGCAGCAAUCUGUAAGACGUCAGGUCUUGUUCCCCAGCAUCCUGAUGGAGAAUGGGAUGAAGGAUGUCCAGAAGACUGGAGAAGGAAGGACAACUGGUGUUAUAAGAUCACAGAUCAGGAGCAAACGUUUGAGGAUGCAGUGAGAGGAUAUUACUGCAAAUCUCUUGUUACUGUAGAAAGCAGGUUUGAGCAGGCUUUUCUAAACAGUCUGAUCAGUGAAAUGGGAGGCUCUGAUUCCCAAUCCUACUGGACAGCUCUGCAGGACCAGAAAAGAAAUGGAGAGUACAGCUGGCUGACCUGGGACAACUCGUCGACACCCCUCAACUACAACAACUGGAACCGACACCAGCCAGUGAGUAUUGGGGGGUGUGUGGUGAUGUCUGGGGGUCAAGCACUGGGUCGCUGGGAGGUGAAAAAUUGUAACACCUUUAAGGCCCUGGCUGUGUGCAAACAGGAAGUGAGCGGUAACAAUGACACCCUGAUGCCUGUGCCACACAUAGAUAUAAAUUCACCAUGUCCAACAGGAUGGGAGAGCCGCAAAGGCCUGUCUCACUGUUACAAGGUGUAUCACAGUGAGAAGAUCCUGAUGCAGCGCACCUGGAGCGAGGCUCAGUUCUUCUGCCGGGCUUUGGGUGCUGAUCUGGCCAGUUUCCACCACUAUGAAGAUCAGGCUUUUGUCAAAAAUCUCCUCUCCACGAUGUUCCAAAGUACAGAGGGUCGCUGGUUUUGGGUGGGCUUUACUAAGAGAAACCCUAGGUCCAACGGAGCCUGGGAGUGGUCAGAUGGCACACCGGUGGUGACAUUUUUCAUUGAGGAUAUGAAUGAAGUGGACUCUCGCAUGUGUGCUGUGUACAGUGACCUCACAAACACUCUCACGCCCCACUCAUGUGACUCCAAAUAUGAGUGGAUUUGCAAGGUCCCCAGAGGUGUGGAGUUGGUCAAGCCGUACUGGUAUAGCGACCAACUUGAGCCAUGGGUGUUUUUCCGUGGAGCUGAAUAUUACUUUGCCAGUAAGCCUUUUCCCUGGGAGGCUGUUGCCUUCGCCUGUAAGAUGAUGGGUGCUGAUCUUCUCUCUGUUCACUCUAGCGAUGAACUGAACUUCAUCAGAGAUCGCAUGAAGGACUCUGAAUAUUGGUGGAUUGGUUUGUCUGCUAACAAUAAUCACAAUGGCUUCAGUUGGACUGAUGGAUCCGCUCUGGAUUAUGAGAACUGGGAAAAUGGUCGUUUUUCCCGAAAGCCUGGCCAAAACUGCAUCCAAAUGUCGUCUCAGUCCGGUCAGUGGUCGGCAGGAAACUGUAAAGAUCUUCAUGGUUACGUGUGCAAGCGCAGAACGGUGUCUGUAUUGGAAGACCAUCGUGAGCCUCACUAUAUCGGCAGCUGCCCAGAGAACUGGUUCUACUACGGACGCAAGUGUCUGUUUCUGCAUCUCCCAGCCCAUCCGGAAGAGGGGAAAACAUGGCAGGAGGCUCAGACCAAAUGCUUAUCCUAUCAGGGAUCUCUGGUGUCCAUAGAGGAUGAAAUCGAACAAGCCUACAUCGUCAUGCUGCUUCAUGGCAGGUCAGCGGGGGUUUGGAUUGGUGCACAGGGGCGUUUUUCUCCCAAAUGGAGCAACGGGAAGCCAAUCGUCUAUGAUAACUGGGAGAGGUCUAAUUAUAUAUCUCCUAUGGAACCUCAUUGUACUUACCUGUCCAACAGUCACAUCUUCCGUAUGACAGGGGUAUGGCAAGAUGAUGUCUGUACUGAGAGCAUCUAUGGCUUUGUCUGCCAGAAGCAGCAAGACAUCACCAAGCGUCCAACCCAGCCCUAUUACACCGCUUCCUCUCUGGACUCAUCUGAGUAUAAGAACCACAGUUACCGUAUCAUCCGUGGCAACUUGAGCUGGUACAAGGCCCAGAAAGCAUGUUUGGAAAAGGGGGCGGCGCUUGUGAGCAUCACAGACCCGUAUCAUCAGGCCUAUCUCACUGUGCUCAUGAACAGGCUUGAAGCCCCACUUUGGAUUGGCUUGUACAGCACAGAUGAUGAUACAUCUCACCAGUGGUCCGAUGGCAGUGAGGGAUCGUUUACUCACUGGGAAAUGCCAAUGGGAGAUGGAGGCUGCGUGUUCAUGGAUGUUAAUGGACGCUGGAAAGAUGCUGAAUGUGACAUGCCAUUAUCAGGAGCGAUAUGCUACAUACCUCCUCCGAAAAGCAUUGCUUUCUCCUAUGAAGUGGUAUGUCCUGAAACCUGGCUGAAGUUUCGUGGGAGCUGCUAUUAUUUUAAAAAUUUUGUAACAAAGAUGACCCUGGAGGAAGCAAGAAAUCACUGUAAAAAGAAUGGAAACUCUUCAGACCUUCUGACAGUUCAAGAUGAUGAGGAGAGCCGGUUUGUCCUUAACGAGUUGGGGCGUUAUUACAAGGGGCCUCGGAAAAUGUGGCUAGGAGUUUUCUACAACACUGACAAGGACGCUUUGACUCGACUGGAUGGCUCGCCGCUCAAGUACACUUACUGGCGCUCCAAAGCUCCAGAUCCAAGUGUCAUGAGGGCUGGUCUAUGUGUGACUAUGCGGAUAUCAGACGCUGUGUGGCAGUUAGCCAACUGCACUGACAAACAGGGCUUCGUCUGCAGAACCUCAUCAGGAGCCAUCAAAGAGGUAGAAGUGGAGCCCUUGAAAGGUCUGCAUCGAGGUGUGAUCUCAGUGGCGGCUUUGGUGGCCGUUGUGUUGUUUGUUGUGAUGAUUGGAUCACUGUGGCUCCUUUACAAGAGAAACUCGCUGUGCAACCAGAGGCUUCCAACAUUUGGCAGUGCCUAUUACAGACAGACAAGCUCCCAUGCCAGUGAACAAGAUGAAAAUGUUUUACUCCCAGACCUAGAGACAUGAGCGGGCGACUAAUAUAUGUGUGUGAGUGUAUAGAUGCAUGUAUCCGUGUGUGUUUUGCGUGAGAGUGUGUGAGUUCAGUCAGGGAGACUGCAGUGGGAAUAUGAUAAAGAUAGUUGAGUUGUCGGUCUGUACUGUAGCUACGGGAGGAUACUGUGCACAGACAGGUCUUAUGAAUCCCACUACAGUCCAUUUAAAAGCAAUAUGAAAAGGGAUUUUCUUAGGAAAUGGAAAGUAGGAAAUGGGGCUUUUUACACUUUGUCUUAUAUUCAGGACAACAACAGAAUUCCUCUAGAAUGUAAAACUUAAAAUGAGCCAAAUGGGCUUGUUGGUUGAGUGUGGUUUGAUAUUGUUAAAGGGUUAGUUCACCCAAAAAUGAAAAUUCCGUCAUUAAUUACUCACCCUCAUGUCAUUCCAAACCUGUAAGACCUUUGUUCAUCUUCAGAACACAAAUGAAGAUAUUUUUGAUGAAAUCCGAGAGGUUUCUGAUCUCCAUAUACACAGCAAUGUCAUAACAAAUUUUGAAACUUUUUACUUCCAGAAAGGUAGUAAAGACAUUGUUAAAAUAGUCCAUGUGACUAUCAACCGUGGUUCAACCGUAAUGUUAUGAAGCGACGAGAAUACUUUUUGCAUGCAAAAACAAAACAAAAAUAACAAUGUAACGCAGUUCGUAAAUACGGGAAGAAGGAGGCGGGAACCGGCGAACGUUCCAACAUAACUUUAAUAUUAAAUAAACAAAUAACAAAACGAAAGUAAUGCCAGCAGACCCUCACGGACGUCUGCCGGCCACACAAGAAUAACGAAACAUAACUUAAAGUCCAGGCCUGGUCCUCUCUCAUCCUUCACUGUUGUCGCUCCCCUUUUAUGCUUCCGGAGCUCCUCCGUGAGAGACUCGAGACCGGUGCAACGCGCAGCUGCCGCUCAUUAACACUCGCGUCACCGGCCUCGCGCCGUUCCCUCACGGCUCUCGUCCGCCCUGCUCGUCACAAACAACUUUAUUCAAUUAUUUCUUUUCUUCCCUGUCAGUCAAAAUGGCCAAUACUGAGGCAGCGUUCUGAUGUAGAACCCGGAAGCGCUGCACUGUGUUUACAACGUCAACAGGGAAGAGAAGAAAUUGUUGAAUAAAGUCGUUAUUUUUGUUUUGUUUUUGCGCACAAAAAGUAUUCUUGUCGCUGUAUAAUAAUACGCCACUGUAAUCACAUGGGCUAUUUUACCAAUGUCUUUACUACCUUUCUGGGCCUUGAAAUUUGUUAUGACAUUGCUGUGUAUAUGGAGAUCAGAAACCUCUCGGAUUUUUAGGUAAACUAACCCUUUGAGGUGUUACGGUCUGUUUGCACCAACACGAAUGUUCAGCAUGAAAAUUCAGUGCGAUUUUUCGCACAUCUGUUCAGACCAAUGCAUGAAAACCAUCAGGCGGACUGAAUGAAACUGCAGUUUCACUCUCUGACAGUAAGUGGUGCUUAAAGGAAAGCAGAGACCACAUACCACAGGGUGUCUGAGAAAAAAAGAAGCCGGUUUGUUAAUCAAAGUACUCUCUUUGUGAGCACCACCAAGUCAUAGGCUGUGUCCGAAAGCUUAGGGAGCUGAUUUGUUGACUUGCUGCCUUAUCAGGAAAUGACUUUACAGGCAGCAUUUGCGCACAACAGAACUGAUUUCGGACAGACUUCUGAGGCAACAUAACGGUUUAAUGAUCUACAACAAGAUAGAGAGAGCUUUGAUGAUAACUAAUAUUUUAUAUUCAUUUAUAUUCAUAUACUAAUAUUCAAAUAUUUGAAUAUUUAAAUGACAUCAAAAGUGGAAAACGGUCAACACAUUUACACACAAACUGACCCCUAACCACAACUUUGAGAUGCUAUCUUUAUUUUUAUCUUAACUGUCACAGAAUGGAAUGCACAGGAUUGUGGGAUAUCGAAGGCAGUGAAGGAUACAUCUCUGCUGCCUUCAGAAAUCUAUCAGAUGAAGGUAUUUUAACAUUGGAAUUCAGGCAUGCAUUUUUAAGAUUUCGGAUGCAGACAUAGUUUUAUGUAAUAGCAGUAGCUCUGGGCAUGUGACCAAAAAUGUGAGACUCUUAUUGGUUGGCCAGUUCUGCGCAGUGCAGUGGAAAAGAGUUUAGAACCCCUCUCUGUUAAAAAAAAAAAAAAUCCAUAGCAUUGACAGCAUGCUGAUGUUUUUGAUGGUCUAAACAGACACAUUAAAUUCCAUUCAUUGUGCAUUUUUGCUUCGAACAUUCGUCUUUUUGUGAAUAGGCCUUUAAAGUCAACAUGAAAUCAAAAUUGACCCUGUUUAUUUUCUUAAAUGGUUAGUUCACACAAAAAUGUAAAAUCUGUCAUUAAUUACUCACCCUCAUGUCGUUUCACAUCCGUAAGACCUUCGUUAAUCUUCAGAACACAAAUGAAGAUAUUUUUUAUGAAAUCCGAAAGCUUUCUAGCCUUCAAUAUACUCCAAUGUUAUUACCACUUUCAAGGCCCAGAAAGGUAGUAAAGACAUCGUUAAAAUAGUCGAUGUGACUGCAGGGGUGUAACAUUUUGAAACAUUCAUCACAUUGCGAAAGUAAAAGGGGCUGUGGAUGUCAUUUCAUGUUGACUUUUAAGUUUUACACUUCUACUUUUGCAACUAUUCAGCAAUGCAACUUUCGGAUCUCUGUCCCAGCUAACAAAAAUGCAUUCUAAGAACGUUUUGCUAACGUUCCCGAUAAGUUAUGAAAAAGUAAUUUCUGAAUGUUUAAAAACGUAUACGCUUUAAAAAAAAAAAUUCUUCUUUUGGGAACGUUAAGGGAACGUUCCAUUUUACUUCUGCAAACAUUAUGAGAAUGUUACUUUUCUAUAUUCUUUGAACGUUCUGAAACAAGUAGUAACAUUUAAAAUGUUAGCCGAACAUCCAAGUAAUACAUUUCAGAAAAAUUAUAAAUGUUUUUGUGCUAACGUUUUGAGAACAUUAUUGAAGACCAGAUAACUUUGAACGAACAUUCUAUUAAUGUUACUGUAAGAAUGUUUGUUCAUAACUUCAAGAGAACCUUGCCAGAACGUUAGCCAAAGUUCUGAGAAUAUUCCCUGUUAGCUGGGGUGAUCCUCCUACCCAGGAUGAACAGAUCUUUUGAAGUCUUUUAAUAAUUCAUCUACAGCAGGAAGCUUGUUUUUAUAAGUAGUUUGUUCUAGAUAGAACAAUAAACUACAAUAAAAAAAGAAUUCACAUAUUCAAAAUAAGCCACUGCACACCAAAGCACAGCAGAACAGCAUGGCUGUGAAUAAAUGUUUACCUUGCACAGCUGGUGAUGUUAUCAGUAUUACAACCUUAUUCUAGUAAUGUUUUCUCUCCUUUGAUACCUGAAACUGGUUUGAGCUAAAGUGUAUUUGUUAGGAUUCCAUGUUUGUUCUUUAUACACACCUUACCUUGCACAGCUCCCAUAGCACUGGAGCUGUGUUAUGCACUUCAUAUUCUUCUUCUGGUUGAAAAACUCUACACCAAGUACAAAGUUCAAACACUUCGUCUUUAUUUCAGCUGUUUUGCUCCUCUGUAUUUUACUUAUUGUGCUUCUCUGACUUUUUGCAUUGUCUAACGGAAAUUAUUAGUGCUUCAUUCAUUGUCACAAAAAUGUGAAUGAAACACACAUGAAAGGCUGUAUGUUUCAGAAAUUUUGGUUUUGGACAAUCUGGCAAGACAAUCGUGGCUUCAUUGUUUUGUUUUUAUUUAAUCGACACAGAUUUCAUAUAUUUGUAGUAAAUUUUGGUUAGCAGUUAUAUUCUGAUAUAGGUUCCUUUUUUCUAUUCUGAACUUUUAUGUUACUGUAAGACUGUGGAUUUGUUUAAAUGUGUGAUUGUUUUAAAAGGUCUUCAUAGUGUUAUUGCAUCAGUUUACAUUUUGUUCUUUUUAUUAUUGUUUAGCAGUGUUGUUUCUAAAGAAAUAAAUUUGUCAGUGUACAUUUUGACUUUUUUUAUUUUUGUUUUCUUUACCAGUUUUCAAGAAAACUUCUUAAACUAUUAAACUAAAUAUUAAAAACUC